CGCGUCACAGCGCACUCGCGUCCCGGAGCGGAGCUGGCCAGGGGCGGGGUCGGCGCAUGCGCAGAGGGUGCGAGCUUGAAGGCGGGAAAAUACGGAAUGGAGCGACAGGGAGUGGACGUGCCCCAUGUGAAAUGCAAAGACCAGGAGCCGCAGCCCUUGGGGGAGAGCAAGGAGCAUCUGCGGUGGGAAGAGAACUGCGAGGAGGAAGCUGGUGGAGGGCCAGCUAGUGCCAGUUGCCAGCUGACAGUCCUGGAAGGGAAGUCGGGACUCUACUUCUCCUCUCUGGACUCAAGCAUUGACAUCCUGCAGAAGAGAGCCCAGGAGCUGAUCGAAAACAUCAACGAGAGCCGACAAAAGGACCACGCACUCAUGACCAACUUCAGGAACAGCCUGAAGACCAAGGUUUCGGAUCUGACAGAGAAAUUAGAGGAGAGGAUCUAUCAGAUUUAUAAUGACCACAACAAGAUCAUCCAGGAAAAGCUCCAAGAGUUCACCCAGAAAAUGGCAAAGAUCAGCCAUUUGGAGACAGAGCUCAAACAAGUCUGCCACAGCGUGGAGACUGUGUACAAAGACCUGUGUCUCCAGCCUGAGAGCCUAAGACUCAGACGGGGGCCAGACCACUCUAGGGGAAAGUCCCCACCACGUCCCAGCGACUCACAGCCCCCAGACGCGUUCGUUUCUUCUGUGGCUGAAACUACUUCUCAGGCCACUGCUUCAGAAGAACAGACCCACAGAGAUGGUGAAUGCUGACAGCUGCCGGGAGACUCACGCCUUAGUGACAGUCUCCAGGAGAAGACUGUGAGGCCACCAUUUGGGCCACACUGAGAAAUUGUUUUUCAUGGUUCUAUAAUGCAUCUUGGCAGAAAAAAACAAAAACCCAAAGCUCCUUGUGCUGAACUCCCAAAAUGUAGCAAGUCCAGCCCCUGCCACAGGCCCAGCCUUCGUGCUCCCCACCCUUGGCAAGUUCUCCCCACCCCCAGCCCCGCAGUUUAUUAAAUGUUUGAUUUUUAA